AUGCAGAAUCUGACUGAAUUUGCAGGCAAUGCAACUUCCAACAGAAGUCUGUCUGUGAUCAUCAAGGUGUGUGUGGUCAUCCCCUUCUUCUGCGUCUUCCUCUGCUGCAUUGUUGUCAUGCUGCACAUCUUUGCAUCAAACAGGCAAUUCCUGGACAGCUCACGUUACAUCCUGUUUGCCUACAUGCUGAUCAACGACACUGUCCAGCUCUUAUUCUCUGUGCUUCUCUUUCUCUCUGUGAUGGGCAAUGUGAAAUUUGCUUUUGUCUACUGCAUUCCUCUGCUGUUACUUUCCACUACCACUUUCAAGAACACACCUUUAAUCCUGGCCACUAUGUCACUGGAGCGUUAUGUGGCCAUCUUUUAUCCCCUGCAGCGCCCGACCGCCUGGCGCUCUGACCGUAUCUGGAUCAUUAUUCUAUCCCUGUGGCUCAUCAGCUGUAUCUUCUCUGUCAUUCAAUUGUCCAUCGGAGGAAUGGAUCUUGCCCUGGAUAUCCUCUCCACCCCUGUGUAUUGCACAUCCACCAUCAUUACCAAAUCAUCUCCAAUCCAGGCUAUGUUCCACACUGCUGUAAAUAUUUUUUUAUUUACAGUAGUGUCUAUUGCCAUCCUCUUUACAUAUGUGAGAAUCCUGCUGGAUACUAGGAAGAUGAGACAAGAUGAAGUGUCUGGGAGCAAAGCCAUGCACACUGUGCUGCUACACGGCUUUCAGCUGGUGCUGUGCAUGCUGGCCUUCACUCACCCCAUCACUGAGAGUCUCCUCGGGUUGCAUUCCAGGUUGCUAUUAGGAGAUAUCUCCUUUUUUAAUUAUUUCUGUUUCAUCCUUACUCCACGCUUUCUCAGCCCACUAAUCUACGGCUUUAGAGAUCAGAGUAUCAGGGCCUGCCUUGGGAAAACAUUCCUCUGCUGCUCAAACAAAGUCAAACCCGGAGUGAGAGGCAAGCAGCGUUGA